GAUACGUGAUACUACAUCCAAACAACACAAGUAAUCCAACUCGAGACUGCGAACAUCAACAACCAUUAACUACACGAACGUCAAAUCUACGAAGAUAACUCAGCACCGCUCCAACAACAUGUCCAACAUGGAGUUCAUUGACCCGCAACUCAUCAGUGACAGCCCCGUCACCCCAUCGCCCUCUCAAAUGGGAGAGGAGCAGGCAGAGUUUUCCUUCACAGACUUCCCGUUCCAUUACGAUUACACUAACAAUGGCAUGCCGCAGUACUACUCUCCGUACGCAGAGCCAUACCCCUCGGGUCCUCUCGAGCCCAAUUAUCAACCGGGGUAUUUCCUCGACCCGCAGCUCCCGAACUACCCCCCCUUCGCAGCCUCAGAGUAUCCGUACUACAGCCAAUACGUGAGCGCCGCAACGCAGACAGACAUCGAAGCACCCCUCUCACCCGUGCAAGACGUUGACUUGAAAUCUGACGGCGUGUUACGUAGUACAUACUCCCUCCGCAACCGCGUAGUCCAUGUCUCUCUCUCCUCACGCGUCGCCCGCGAACAGGAAAAAUCCCGCGCAAAAGCCGCGCGGGAAAAAGCCCUCCGCAAGUCCAGAUUCCGCGCCCAUUUGUCCUCGCCCUCAUUCUUCCAGCCCGAGCAACUGACGUCUCCCCUGAGCAUCAUGUCUCGCACAAUGCCAUCUUUCACACCCGUCGAUCUCGAAUCCUUCGUGUCCCGCGGCGCCGACGGGCGCAUCACGCGGGGGAAGAUCAGCCGUCCGUUGAACCCGUUCAUGCUGUACCGCGUGGCGUACGGGAAGGCGGCGUAUUGUUUGCUCCCCGUGAGUCAGAAUGCGCAGGUCUCGAGGAUCGUGGGCGCGAGCUGGAAGAUGGAGGAUGUGAGCGUGCGGCGGUAUUUCAGUGAGCUGGCGGCGCGGGAGAAGGAGAAUCAUAGGCGCUUGUUCCCCCGGUAUAAGUAUAGUUUCAGGAAGACUGACAAUGUAAAGGCGCGGUCUCCGUUGCCUAAAUUUGAAGAGGCUGAUGGGAGUUAUGGCACUGAUAGUACUGAUGGUGCUGAUAGUGAUGAGGGAUCGGAGUACGAGGAUUGCAUCGUUGCGAGGUCUUGCUGA